AACUCAGGGAGAGAAUCACCGAGGAGAGUGGCCAUGGACCUGAUCCCGAGCUUUUCCGUGGAAACCUGGGUUCUCCUGGCUACCAGCCUGGUACUCCUCUAUCUAUAUGGGACUUAUUCACAUGGACUUUUUAAGAAGCUGGGGAUUCCUGGGCCGAGACCUCUGCCUUAUUUUGGAAAUAUUCUGUCCUACCAAAAGGGUAUUUGGGAGUUUGACAAUGGAUGUUUUAAAAAGUAUGGAAAAAUGUGGGGGUGUUAUGAAGGUCAACAGCCUCUGUUGGUUGUCACAGAUCCAGACAUAAUCAAAACAGUGCUAGUGAAAGAAUGUUAUUCUGUCUUCACAAACCGGAGGGUAAGAUUGGUAGAGCAAAUUAUGAUUGCGCCAAGUAAACUUUGCAUUUUCGCUGUGCUUCCUUUUAUCUUUUUCCCUACAGUAUUAUUUCCAUUCCUCACCCCAGUCUUUGAAGUAUUAAAUAUUACUGUGUUUCCAAAAAAUUCUGUGAAUUUUUUGGCGAAGUCUGUAAAAAGGAUGAAAGAGAGUCGCCUCAAAGAUAAACAAACGCACCGAGUGGAUCUUCUUCAGCUGAUGAUUAACUCUCAGAAUUCCAAAGAUGUGGACACCCGUAAAGCUCUGUCUGACACAGAACUCAUGGCCCAAAGUAUCAUCUUUAUUUUUGCUGGCUACGAGACCACUAGCAGUUGUCUUUCCUUCGUUAUAUAUGAAUUGGCCACUCACCCUGACAUCCAACAAAAGCUGCAGGAGGAGGUUGAUGCAACUUUCCCCAAUAACGCGCCUCCCACCUAUGAGGCUCUGGUACAGAUGGAGUAUCUUGACAUGGUGUUGAAUGAAACUCUCAGAAUAUUCCCAAUUGCUGGUAGAAUUGAGAGGGUCUGUAAGAAGGAUGUGGAAGUCAAUGGAGUGUUCAUUCCCAGAGGGACAGCAGUGGUGGUGCCACUCGUCGUUCUUCACAAUGACCCAGAGCUCUGGCCAGAGCCUGAGGAGUUCCGUCCUGAAAGGUUCAGUAAGAAGAACAAGGAGAACAUAAAUCCUUAUACAUACCUGCCUUUUGGAAUUGGACCCCGAAACUGCAUUGGCAUGAGAUUUGUUAUCAUGAACAUGAAACUUGCUCUCGUCAGAGUCCUGCAGAACUUCUCCUUCAAACCUUGUAAAGAAACACAGAUCCCCCUGAAAGUGCUCUCUCAAGGACUUACGCAGUUGGAAAAACCUGUUGUUCUAAAGGUUGUGUCAAGAGAUGCGACCGUAAGCGGAGCCUGACUUUCUCGAAGGACAUGGGCUUUGAUCUUCAAGGAAGCUGUAUCCAGGAACACCUGAGACUUUACUUACUUUGUGAUAAAACCAUUAAAUGAAGAUAGGCUUCACCUACUGCCCUUGAUGGAUGAUUAGGUAUUCUGCCCAAUCAUUUAGCUUUCUCAUUGUCUAUGUGGAGUGUUAUAUAUUGCGUCAUAUAAAGGAGGUGACAAGUAGGUGCCGGAUACUCAACUUCAUGGGCUCUCCUAGGACCAUCUCCAUCCACUUCCUGAUGGUAGUUAGUACCAUCUACUCCUCCUGAGCACUGAUCAGAAUGAAAAUUUCUCAACAAAUUCUAAUGAAAAUAAGAAUGAUUGUGGUGACUGAAGUAGUGACAUUUAUGUCACAGAUUUUAUUUUGGAUAUUCUAAAUUAAAUAUUACAUUGAGCAAGUCAAUAAAUAUCUCUUUACAAAAGUA